CACGCAAACGCAGGAGGCGUAGAGCGAGGUUUCCGCUUCUCAGUGGGGCUCGGACCGCGGAUCACGAAAACCACCGAGUGUAACGUUUAGGCUCGACGCACCAAGGUCCGAAGAAGAGGGAGAAAGAGGCAAACAAAUAAGCGGAGGGGAAAUGUCUGAAUCCAAGUACCGCGAGUGGAUUUUGGACACUAUCGACUCGCUGCGGUCUCGAAAAGCCCGGCCAGACUUGGAGAGGAUUUGCCGAAUGGUCCGGAGACGACACGGGUCCGAGCCCGACCGAACCUGCGCAGAACUAGAAAAACUGAUUCAGGAACAAACCGUGCUGAAAGUUAACUACAAAGGCUCUAUUUCGUAUCGGAACGCCGCAAAGGUUCAGCGGAGAAGCAGAAAAAAGGAUGAUGUUUCGUUAACGACGGCUGUGAGAAGGAGCGCGGCGGACGAAGCCAGUCAUUCGGACUUGAGCAACGGGGACAGCGCUUUCGGUGCUGUGGACCAGGACGAGGAGGAUUUAGAGGGUGAUACCUCCAUGACUUUGGACACAGACAGUAAUCCAGAUGACGAGGGGGCUGAGGAGAGCCGGGAUGGGCAGGACAGGUCCUCCCCCAGCCACACGCAUGAAGGCGCCCCUGUGCUUUGCGCUCCUGUGCGAGCUGUUUCUGCACCCUGCUCUCCCGCUGGCGCUCUGCCCAGCCCUGGCCCUAAUUGCAGCUCUGGUUCUGCUCUGGACUGUGCCUCUUCCCAGAAGGUGGGAGGGAGGCCCAACUCCUUGCCCCCCUCCAGCCCCAGGGCCCUUCCACACAAUGACUGGGCUUAUGAUGCUACUGUCAGCCCAGUGGAGUGCCAGCACCCAGGAAUGCAGCGAGACAAAGACAUGAAGCCAGCAAACCACCCUGGAGCUACAACCUUCUGUGUUUUAAGCAACGUAAAGAAAGAAGAGGGAAGCAAGGUGGAGGACAGCAGCCUCUCGUCUGACCAGCUGGUCCCAGACUCUGCAGCUCGACCACAGGAUGAGGUCAAGAAUGUCUGUGAUGGAAGAUCACACACACUACCCGUGCCACCUGACAACGGUGUGUUUAAGAAGAUGGACGUGUCCUACUCAGAAACUGAAGGCUGUCUGCUAAACGGUGGCAAAGAUUUCUCGGUGAAGACAGAGAAAAUGCAGCAGAACUUGUUGCAGUGGACCGUGUCAGAUGUGGCCAGUUAUUUCUCAGCAGCAGGGUUUCCGGAGCAGGCGGUGGCGUUUCGAACACAGGAAAUCGAUGGGAAGUCCCUUCUUCUGAUGCAGCGCAGUGACGUGCUGACCGGCCUGUCUAUCCGACUCGGCCCCGCCCUCAAAAUAUACGAGCGUCAUGUUAAAGUGCUGCAGAGGACCCACUUCCUGGAAUGCGAAGACAUCUGAAGUGACGAAUAGCACGGCACACAAAAUCAAAUGGACAUAAACGUGCAUGCGACCCCUCUUCCAUCUGGAUCCCACCUCCAUAUGCAUCGUAUGUAAAGGCGGGUGGGGGGUGUUACGCAGCAGUGGACUUUACCUUCACUGUGAGAAUGACCAGAAACUGAAUUACUGUCAUCCUACCUCUCAUUGUGGUCUUUGGUUUUCAAAUUGUUUCCAUUUCACCCCGUGGUGGACCGAAGCGCCUGCUGCUGGCACAGCGUGUUUAAGUGGAGCAGUACCAGUGGACCCACAGACAGGACUGGGUGGUGCUGUUGCAAAGGUGUCCCCUCGUCGAGGUGAAGGCACUGGAAACUCAGCGGCUAAUCGUGCUUCCUUUUUGUUGAGUCAAGUGUUCAAUGUGUGUAUCUUGUUCCCAGUUGUAUUCCCGACUCUUCAUUCCCGCAGUGGUUGCUGCUUUGGAUGAGGUUUGCAGCAUCUUUGCAUCACUGGGAUACGUUUGAUUCUCCUUUCGGCUGUCUUAAGGAAUUGAUUGUGGUCCGAUAAUAAUACAGUUUCAUUUUGGGGAACAAUUUCAGAUCCGUUUGACCAGAAAUAUUCAGGUUUUGUUUUGUUUUACACACACUUAAGCAAAGGAAAUGAUUAAAUGUAACUCAUACUGGAUUAGUUGUUUCUUGGUUCAAAACAGCUGCUAAGUUUUUGUUUACAGAUACUUUUAUGAAAUGCAAUAUGUUCUGUUGUUCUCCUGCACACUAGAGUUUUGUGUUCUGGUCAAAGCCGGACGUCUGAACAUUCCACACAUGACCAAGUCUUCAUCUCCAGUGUAGCUCUUCCCUUUUUAACCAUAAUAAAGAGAUUCUUCUAGAGGUCAAAUAAAAGCUCAUGUCUGCCUAACUGAUCAUUUAUUGACUUUAAUCCAA